AUGGCCGUGCUACCAGAGAUGUCGGCGACUACGGAAGAAGUUACGAUUGAGGACAUUCAGAUCGGUGAUCCCGAUGUGCCUCUCACCACAGAUCAACAACGGCUCAGAUCGCUGAUCUGGAAGAGCCGUCACCUCCUCAUGGGUAAAGGUAAUGCUCUACCACCAGCAGCACGAGGCGCGAUCUGUGAUAUUGAUGUCGGUGGGGCAGCACCGAUAGCGCAAAGAGUGCGUCCGGUCGCACCCAAAUAUCGGAAGAAGCUGUCAGAUCUCAUCAAAGGACUAUUAGCAGCCAAAAUCGUUCAGCCAUCCACGUCACCUUGGGCGUCUCCGAUAGUGGUGAUCAUCAAGAAGAACGGAGUGGAUAUUCGCCUUUGCAUUGAUUAUCGAAGAGUGAACCAGCUGACGCGUCUGAUGGUUUAUCCCAUGCCGUUGAUCAGCGAUCUGUUGGAAGAUCUGGAUAAAGCUCUAUGGUACUGUUCGCUAGACAUGGCUAGUGGAUUUUGGGUCGUCGAAAUGACUGAACGAGCAAAACUGAUCUCAGCGUUUGUCACACCAUUUGGCUUGUUCGAGUGGCUGCGAAUGCCUUUUGGGCUUAAGAACGCGCCCCAGAUCUACCAACGUCUGGUGGACAAUGCGUUGUAUGGAUAUCUCAAGAUCGGCCAGAGAUCAGCUUCUGAUGGCCCGAUCGACGUGUUUAAAGAUGGAGAACCUGAGACAGAUCGACGACCGUCUAUACUGGGACGCCGAUCUUACAUUAACGAUAUUCUCAUACCAGCCACGUCAUGGGGAUCUUUGUACACAAAAGUAGAACGGUUGCUGGAGGCAUGUGAUAAGCGGAAUCUGUCUAUCAGCCUCACGAAGAGCUUUUGGGGGUGCCGUAAGGUCGAUUAUUUGGGACAUCGAGUGUCGAUGGAUGGUCUGGAGGCUCAGCCCAAGAACCUAGAGUCGUUGGUUAACAUCCCGUUUCCUAGCACGCUACGAGCUAUGCAAUCCUUUCUCGGGAGCUUGAACUACUACCGUCGCUUCAUUGAGGAUUUCGCGGUGUAUGCCGCGGUGUUGUAUGAGUUAAGAGAAUCGGAUUUCUUCGAGAUCGGCCGAUCUCAGCUUGCAGCAGGAGACGAAUGCUCCAACGAGGGUCGAUGGACGGAAGCCAAGGUUGCUUUCACUAUGCUAAAAGCUAAGAUAGCUACAGCUCCCAUGCUCAAGCAUUUCGACCCAGAUCGGUCCCCCGUAAUCGUGGUUUACGCUAGCAAGUGGGCUGUCUCAGCGGCCCUGAUACAGGAGUACGAUGGCGUGUACCAUCCGGUGACGUUUACUAGCCGCACUUUAAAGCCUAAUGAGCUUAACUACGGAACGGUAGAAAAAGAAGUGCUGGCGCUACUUCGUGUGUUGGAUGUAUGCUAUACUACGCUUGCCUCGCGAGAGAUCACUGUACUGACCCGACAUUCUACGUUAGCCUGGUUGAUGCAGUCUCGAGGGCUCAACGGGAGAUUAGGACGGUGGGCUGCUUUGUUGUCAAAUUGGACUAUGGAGGUGAAGAAAUGUGAAAGAGGAGAGGAAGAGAUCCUGGGCAUGUUAGCAGCGAGUAUUACUCCGAGAGGAGAAGUGGAAGAGAUGCUGAUUGCGAUCUCCCCACGAAAAGACUGUCGACUCAAAAUAUCGAUGCAUCCUCCAACGGUGGAAACAGAUGAGGAGUUGCUGGUGGCCAGUUUCGAUGGAUCGGCUAGGAUAAAAAAGAAAGGAGGGUCGUUCAGUGCCGUGAUAUGGAAGUCACCCGAAUGGACGAUCGUGGCGGCCGAAUCGAGAUAUGUUCACGAUCUGACUGUGAAUGAAGCUGAGUAUAAUGGCUUGCUACUGUGCUUUGAGUUACUCGCCGAUCUGGAUAGGGGGCGAGUAAUACUGUGUGGAGAUUCCAGUCUGGUGAUUCGACAGAUGCGCGGUGAGAUCGACUGCAAGGCACCGGGCCUUCAGCUUCUGAGACAAAAGCGUUGGAGAAGCUGCAGUCAUGGCCUAGUCACGAGUUUCUGCAUAUGA